ACCCAGUAACGGACUCGAGCUCCCCCCACCGGAAGUGGGCAGCCGCGCGCCUGGAAGAGCCGGCCGAAGCGUGGCGGCCACAGACUGUGGGUACCGGGUCCGAGGGACUCGCGCUUUUCUCUCCGUGCCAUGGCGCCAGCGAAAGCCACGAACGUGGUGCGGCUGCUCCUAGGCUCCACAGCGCUGUGGCUUUCGCAGCUCGGCGCCGGGACGGUCGCCGCGUCCAAGUCGGUGACGGCCCACUUGGCCGCGAAGUGGCCCGAGACCCCGCUGCUGCUGGAGGCAAGUGAAUUUAUGGCAGAAGAAAGUAAUGAAAAAUUUUGGCAGUUGGAAACCGUAAAAGAAUUAGCAAUUUAUAAGCAAACAGAAUCAGAUUAUUCUUAUUACAACUUAAUCCUGAAGAAAGCAGGACAGUUUCUAGACAAUUUACACAUCAACCUCUUAAAGUUUGCUUUCUCUAUAAGGGCAUACUCCCCAGCUAUUCAGAUGUUUCAGCAGAUUGCAGCUGACGAGCCACCACCAGAUGGUUGUAAUGCAUUUGUAGUUAUUCAUAAGAAGCACACCUGUAAAAUUAAUGAGAUUAAAAAGCUGCUGAAGAAAGCUGCUUCAAGGACUAGACCUUAUCUAUUUAAAGGAGAUCAUACAUUUCCUACAAACAAAGAGAACUUACCAGUGGUGAUUCUCUAUGCUGAAAUGGGUACUAGAACAUUUAGUGCAUUUCACAAAGUAUUGUCUGAAAAAGCUCAAAAUGAGGAAAUUCUGUAUGUUCUUCGCCAUUAUAUUCAGAAACCAAGCUCACGGAAAAUGUACUUAUCUGGGUAUGGUGUGGAGCUAGCAAUUAAGAGUACAGAAUACAAAGCACUGGAUGAUACCCAAGUUAAAACUGUGACUAAUACUACUGUAGAGGAUGAGACGGAAACAAAUGAAGUUCAAGGAUUUCUCUUUUGGAAACUAAAAGAAAUAUAUUCAGAUCUUAGAGAUAAUCUGACAGCAUUCCAAAAAUACCUGAUUGAGAGUAACAAACAAAUGACGCCUUUGAAAGUCUGGGAACUACAAGAUCUUAGUUUUCAAGCAGCUUCUCAAAUAAUGUCCACUCCAGUUUAUGAUGCCAUUAAAUUAAUGAAAGACAUUUCACAGAACUUCCCCAUAAAAGCCAGAUCUCUAACCAGAAUUGCUGUAAAUCAACAUAUGAGAGAAGAAAUAAAGGAAAAUCAAAAGGAUCUUCAAGAUAGAUUUAAAAUUCAGCCAGGCGAUGCUCGUCUAUUUAUAAAUGGGCUUCAUGUUGAUAUGGAUGUUUAUGACCCUUUUACUAUUUUGGAUAUGCUGAAAUUAGAAGGAAAAAUGAUGAAUGGCCUUCGCAAUCUUGGGAUCAAUGGGGAACAUAUGAGCAAAUUUUUAAAAUUAAAUUCACACAUUUGGGAAUAUACUUAUGUAUUAGAUAUUCUACAUUCUUCUAUAAUGUGGAUUAAUGACUUGGAAAAUGAUGAUUUGUGUGUUACAUGGCCUACAAUUUGCCAGAAACUUCUGAAGCCAAUAUAUCCUGGAAGUAUACCUUCCAUAAGGUGCAAUUUUCAUAAUUUGGUUCUGUUUAUUGAUCCGGCCCAAGAAUAUACCUUGGAUUUUAUAAAACUUGCUGAUCUUUUCUAUUCUCACGAAGUUCCCCUUAGAAUUGGUUUUGUGUUCAUUCUUAAUACAGAUGAUGAAGUUGAUGGAGCAAGUGAUGCUGGAGUUGCUCUUUGGCGAGCUUUCAACUAUAUUGCAGAAGAAUUUGAUAAAUCAGAAGCAUUUAUUUCUAUAGUACAUAUGUACCAAAAAGUGAAGAAGGAUCAAAAUAUACUCACUGUGGACAAUGUGAAGAGUGUUCUCCAAAAUACAUUUCCUCAUGCUAAUAUUUCGGAUAUUUUGGGAAUUCAUUCUAAAUAUGAUGAAGAAAGAAAGUUGCAGAAAACAAGUGUUCAUAGUCGGUUGGGGAUUAUUUAUAAUCCUACAUCAAAAAUAAAUGAAGAGAACACAGCUAUUUCUAGAGGAAUUUUGGCAGCUUUUCUUAAACAGAAGAACAUGUUUUUGAGAAGCUUUCUUGGGCAACUGGCAAAGGAAGAAACUGCUACAGCUAUUUACUCUGGAGAUAAAAUUAAAACAUUCCUUAUUGAGGGGAUGGAUAAGAAUGCUUUUGAGAAAAAAUAUAAUACUGUUGGAGUGAAUAUUUUUCUAACUUACCAGUUGUUGUGUCAAGAUGUACUUAAAUUGCAUCCUGGAGAAAUGGGUAUUGUCAGCAAUGGGAGAUUCUUAGGACCUUUAGAUGAAGAUGUUUAUGUAGAAGAUUUUUACUUGUUGGAAAAGAUAACAUUUAGUAAUUUAGGAGAGAAAAUUAAAGGCAUUGUUGAAAAUAUGGGAAUCAACGCAAAUAACAUGAGUGACUUUAUUAUGAAAGUCGAUGCCCUUAUGUCCUCUGUGCCUAAGCGUACAUCUCGAUAUGAUGUCACAUUUCUUAGGGAGAAUCACAGUGUUAUAAAGAUGAAUCCUCAAGAGAAUGAUAUGUUCUUCAAUGUCAUUGCUAUUGUUGAUUCAUUAACAAGAGAAGCACAGAAAAUGGCACAGUUAUUGGUUGUACUUGGCAAGAUUAUCAACAUGAAGAUAAAGUUGUUCAUGAACUGUAGGGGCAGGCUUUCAGAAGCCCCUUUAGACAGCUUUUACCGUUUUGUUCUGGAACCAGAACUGAUGUCAGGGGCUAAUGACGUUUCUUCUUUUGGACCAGUGGCAAAAUUUUUGGAUAUUCCUGAAUCACCCCUCCUAAUCCUCAACAUGAUUACUCCAGAAGGCUGGUUGGUUGAAACAGUACACAGCAACUGUGACCUUGAUAAUAUUCACUUAAAGGAUAGUGAGAAAACUGUUACAGCAGAAUAUGAACUAGAAUACUCACUGGAAGGACAAUGCUUGGAUAAAGUGACAGAACAGCCUCCUCGGGGUCUGCAGUUCACACUAGGCACAAAAAAUAAACCUGUUGUGGUUGAUACAAUAGUGAUGGCCAAUCAUGGGUAUUUUCAAUUAAAAGCAAACUCAGGUGCUUGGAUGCUGAGGUUACACCAAGGAAAAUCUGAAGAUAUUUAUCAAAUAGUUGGGCAUGAAGGAACUGACUCUCAAGCAGACCUAGAAGAUAUCACUGUUGUAUUAAACAGCUUCAAAAGCAGGAUACUGGAAGUAAAAGUGAAAAAAGAAACAGACAAAAUUAAGGAAGAUAUCCUUACCGAUGAAGAUGAAAAAACAAAAGGACUGUGGGAUUCCAUUAAAAGUUUCACAGUAAGCUUGCAUAAAGAAGACAAAAAGGAAAAAGAUGUCCUAAACAUUUUUUCAGUUGCUUCUCGUCAUUUAUAUGAACGUUUUUUAAGAAUUAUGAUGCUUUCUGUUUUGCGUAACACCAAAACACCAGUGAAAUUCUGGUUGCUAAAAAAUUAUCUCUCACCGACAUUUAAAGAAGUAAUUCCUCACAUGGCUAAAGAGUAUGGAUUCCAAUAUGAACUAGUUCAAUAUAGGUGGCCCCGUUGGCUUCGUCAACAGAGUGAAAGACAAAGGAUUAUUUGGGGUUACAAAAUUCUUUUCCUUGAUGUUCUUUUCCCACUAGCAGUGGACAAAAUCAUUUUUGUUGAUGCUGUCCAGGUAAUAAGAUUAACUACUAUUUUUAGUAAUACACAAACAUUUUUUACACUUCUAUCAAUAUAGAAAUUAAUUCAUGUUGCUCAUGUUUAUUAUCUUCAUUACAGUGCUUAAGAUAUGAUUGUGAUAUAUAAGCAAAGUAUCUUUAAAAACAAAAAGUCAGAAUUCCAGGGGAAAAUUGAAGGUAUUGUAAGAAGUACCAUUUAUUAUUUAGGACAUGGAAGUUUUCUCUCCUAAGUAGUAGUUUUUUACGUUUGAGAACUAAAACAGAUACUUAUAUUAGUCAUAGUAAGAGUAGUUAAAUGAAUUCCUGUAAAUUAUGAGCUGAUAUUUGUUUAAAAUUAGGAAUUUCUUCUUGCUAGAAAAGCUAGCAGUUACAUACAACUCUUAUUCUUCCACCUUCAACAGCAUUCUUUCGCAUUCAACCAAUAACCAAAUUCUCAUCACUCUAUCACUUAAGGAAAAGAGCAUUUUAAAUUUGGCCAACUUAUGCCUGUAGUCUCAGCA